GUAAACGUCAGCCUCAUUUGAGUUGGGGUUGGCAACUUGCUGUCAUCCGUUCACUACAUACCAUAAGUUAUUGGCAACACCAAAAAAUCAGUUUGUAGCGGCUUUCAGGGCUUUUUUCUGCCUUUUAUUUGUUUCUUAAAGUCUCAAGAGAUUUUUAUCUCUACAAAGAACGAGACGAAUCAAGAAUCCGACGAAAAUUGCGAGUUGUUCGGAUACAAUAGCAUAUAUUUAUAUUUUUUGGAGGAACUUUUGUGUUUAAAUUAGCAAAAAAUGGAUGAAGUGGAAGACAUAUCUUCCAAAGUUGCUUCCUUAGGGGUGAAUUCAGUGAAAAAUGCAACAAAGCACAUAGCGGACAUACCUAAGCAUCACCACCACCGUUCAGAUGCGGAUGCCAAUGCUGAACAAACGAAUGCAUCGUCAUCUUCGAAUGGAAAUGACGUUCCUGCCGAAUACAACAAUGGUACUGCUAAUAAUGAACAUCCUCAAAAGCAGACGAAUUAUGGAGAACCAUUGCAAGGCGAAAAGCUUCGUUCUAAUGAUAAUUAUGGUGCUCAAAUGGUUCAUUCACCGGUUCCCUCCGCAACUCCUAGUCGGAUUGGCUCUGUUGAUGCUAUUGCACCCAAUUCGUCAGCAACAGCUCAGCAGCCUAAUGCAACGUCCAAAAAUCCGGUAUCCCAAAAUAGAUCCAAAGACCAAACUGCCAUGCCUCCCCCGGCAAAACCAUCUCGCUCGCCUGCGUCUUUUAUGUUGGGUAAUCCUCAUUCGAAACCCCAAACAAGCGCUGCACAUUCUCCGAUUGUCACUCCCGCUUCCUCUGCCUCUGUUUCUCGGGCUAAUUCAUCUUCCAAUACUCCUCACAAACCCACGGCAAUAGCAGCACCAAAUCCAAGUGGUGCUCCUAACGCUAAUAAUGGUCCCGUCCCCGCCCCAACUCCUAUCUCUACCACCGCGACUCCCUCAAAAAAUCCUGUUUCCAGGUUACAGCGUAUUUUUUCACAAUCAUCUGUUAAUCGCCAGAACGCUAAAAACAAGCCUUCUGCAAAUGCUAACACCGAAGAAACAAAUAGCACAAACGGUAGUGAGACUGGAGCGUCAGGCGUCGCAAAUAGUUCUUCUGGUGCAAACCAAAACACUAAACAUUCUCGAUUUACUGUUUACGAUGACGGCAGUCAUACUCACCAACUUCGUCCUGCUAAGCGCCAGGAAAAGUUGGGUAAGAUGUUGAAGGACUUCCUUGCGGGGAACAGUAAAAAGCGUGAAGAGGAGCGUGCUGCAAAGGAGGCUGCAGCUGAUUCUCAGCAUCAACUCAGUUUGGUUCAAUCUUGGAUAAAUGGUUAUGGUCAGGAGAAGCUUGCUGACAAGAAUUUCGGCAAGGUGUCAGCUAGCUUUGUAGAAAAGUAUGGACGCUGUCAAGAAGUCAUCGGUCGAGGAGCCUUUGGUGUUGUACGGAUAUCGCACAAGGUUGAUCCACAAAAUUCUAGGUCAGAGUUGCUUUAUGCGGUGAAAGAAUUUCGACGCAAGCCGACGGAAUCGCAGAAAAAAUACACGAAGCGUCUCACUUCGGAAUUUUGUAUAUCUUCGUCUUUGCGCCAUCCUAACGUCAUUCAUACAUUGGAUUUGAUUCAGGACAACAAAGGUGAUUAUUGCGAAGUUAUGGAACUUUGUUCUGGAGGUGACUUGUAUACUUUAAUUAUGGCUGCUGGACGGCUUGAGCCUAUGGAAGCUGACUGCUUUUUCAAACAACUCAUGCGAGGCGUUGAUUACUUGCAUGAUAUGGGUGUUGCUCAUCGAGACUUAAAGCCAGAAAAUUUAUUGCUUACCAUUAACGGUAGUAUCAAGAUCACUGAUUUUGGUAAUGGUGAGUGUUUCCGAAUGGCUUGGGAAAAAGAGGCACACAUGACAUGUGGCCUCUGUGGUUCUGCACCUUAUAUUGCGCCUGAGGAGUAUACUGAAAAUGAGUUUGACCCUCGUGCUGUGGAUGUGUGGGCUUGUGGUGUUAUUUAUAUGGCCAUGCGUACCGGUAGACAUUUAUGGCGAGUCGCAAAGAAAAGUGAAGAUGAAUUUUAUGCGAAGUAUUUGAUGGAUCGGAAGAAUGAGAGUGGAUAUGAGCCGAUUGAAAUGUUAGAACGGUCACGGUGUCGAAACACUCUAUAUAAUAUUCUGCAUCCUAAUCCUGGCUAUCGUUUGACCGCGAAGCAAAUUAUGAAAAGUGAAUGGGUUCGUUCCAUUAAGCUAUGUGAAUAUGGUGGUGCUGGAUUAUAAAAUGGUUCAAAUUGCAAAUGCUGCCAAUAUCAAUAACUGCCCCUUUUUGAUUCCUUGCAAGUGCACUCAUCUUAUAAUUAUUCUAUUGUUUAUAUGUUAAUGCAUAAAUGUAUUUUUGCCAAUUGAGAGUUUUCAACUGACAUAUUUAUUUUGUAUAUUGUCCCUGUUGGAGAAUACACAAUGAUCUAAACACUACUCAGUUUAUUUAAUAGACUUUAUUUCUGCUUAUAAAGAAAUACUUGCUUCUUGUCUCUAGUA